GCGAUCUGCUAUGUGGGCGGCACUGCUACGCCCCGCCGCAGCAGGCGUGCGCUCGCUGCUCGCGUGCGUGCUGCUACUUCACACGGCCAUUGCCGUUAGCGCCUUCCUGCUGCUGCCCCGCCGGCUGGCUGCUCUGAUCAACCGCCUGGCAGCGAGCUCGCCUCUUUGCUCGCGCUACUACAGCCGGCACGGCGCCACUUCGGCUGGUGAUGACGACGGCGACGGCAGCAAUGAGGCUAGUGGUGGAGGUGCGGGCGAGGGCGGCUCGGCUCAGGCGGAAGUGCCGGCCAUGCGGCUGCUGCGCCGUAACCCGUGGCGGGUAAGCUCGGAUGUGGCUGAUGGCGCCGAAGCUGAGGCCGACCCAGUUGGCCAGCCGGGCCAGGCGCCGCAGGGCCAGCAGCGGGAGAUGAGCCUGCAGGAGUGCAUGCGGCGCUACGGCUCCGUGCCGCGGAUGCGGGUGGUCAUCAUGGUUGCGGGCACUCGCGGCGAUGUGCAGCCGGCUGUGGCUUUGGGUCUGGCUCUACAGCGGGCGGGCGGCCACUGCGUGCGGCUGGCCACACACGAGCCCUACCGCGGCCUGGUGACGGGGGCGGGCCUGGAGUUCUUCCCACUGGCGGGCGACCCGCGCGGCAUGAUGGCGCUCACCGUCAAACACAAGGGCAUGUUGUUCGGCGACCUGCGGGACCUGGCGUGGCUGCGAGGGCAGUACCGGGACAUUAUGGACAGCUGCUGGGAGGCCGCCACCUCUGCCCCCUCACCAGAGGGCAGCAACACCUCUUCCGCCUCAACUACUGUUGGAGGCGGCCUCGGCGUGCCGUACAAGCCGGACCUGGUUGUCGCCACAGCAAUCACCUACGGCGCCGUGCAUGUGGCCGAGGCGCUGGGCGUGCCGCUGCACGUGAUCUCCACCAUCCCGUGGAGGCCCACACAGGACAUCUGCCACCCCUGGGCUCGCGGCUUCGGCGACACACUGGCCGGCCACUGCACUGCCAUGGCGGCGGCGGCGCUGCCCCAGCCGCCGCCCGCGUGGGUCAAGCAGUACGCCAUCGCCAGAGCGUACGCACAGUUCGCUGCUGCCUCCGUGGGCUCGGUCCACUCCGCCGCCAGCUGGUGGUCCUCAGCACUGCUGGACCAUAUGGCACACCUGGGCAUCGCGGACCUGGUGAUCCGCUUCCGGCAGCGACUGGGCCUACCGCUGCUGUCUCUCCGCAACACCGGCUUUGCGCUGUACACUGUUCCAACUACCUUCACCUUUAGCAAGUCGCUCGUGGUGCGGCCGCGUGACUGGGGGCCGCACGUGGAGGUGUCGGGACCGCUGCUACUGCCCGCGGCCGCCGCCGGGGGCAGUGGUGCCAGCGACUACACGCCCCCGCCUGACCUGGUCGAGUUCCUGGCGCGAGACCCAGGCCGGCGGCAUACGCUGUACAUCGGCUUCGGCAGCAUGACGCUGGCCGAGGAGCUGCAGCUGGGGCAGGCCAUCAAAACCGCACUGGCUGAGCGGCCGGGCGUGCGGGCAGUGGUGUCGGCGGGCGGCUGGGGCUGCCUGGGCCUGAGCGGCAAGGUUGCCGAGGGGCAGCAGGCGCCAGAUACUGCGGCGGCCGCCGCACAAAGUCGGCAGCAGGGUCGCGGCGCCGAAGAGGCGGCGGCCGCGCCUGCUGGGCCGCUGCCGGCGCACCACCAUGCCAAGCAGGAGGAAACGGAGCAAGUGCGCAGUUGCGUGGUGCAGCAGCAGCCGGUACAGCAGGUGUUCGUGGUGGGCGACGUGCCGCACGACUGGCUGUUCCCCAGGGUGGCGGCCGUCAUUCACCACGGCGGCGUGGGCACCACUGCGGCGGGGCUACUCGCCGGCUGCCCCACCUUCGUGGCGCCCAGCUUCGGAGACCUGUAUUUUUGGGGCGAGCUGUGCGCGCGGGCAGGCGUUGGCCCGGCGCCCGUGCCCAUCGACAAGCUGACGGCGGAUGACAUUGGACGGGCUAUUGAUGUCUUGUUGAGUUCAGAGGCUGCUCGCCAGGCGGCCAAGCGAGCGGGUGCAUUGCUGCGCCAGGACUGCGGCGUGUCGGCGGCUGUGGCGCAUAUCUACCGAGGGCUGUCAGCGGCUGUCAGCACUUAGAUAGGGGCACGAGGGUUGUGCCAUGAUGUCAUGAACGCGGACGUUGUUAUUUGUGGGAAGUGGGGUGGGGGCACGUACCGGGCUUACAAGCGCGCGAAGGGGUAAUCGGUGCACGACAUAGCGUUGGCACGGACUGUGGGACAGCCGGCAUUUUUGCCCACUAUCCCGUCCAAAAGCCUGCCCCCCGAUUUACUACCCCAAAGUAACCCCAUUUACUAUUUAACCCGGGGAUGUCGGGGUAUGGGGUCUGGCACGAUGCUUCCGAAUUCCUCCCCCCCUCUGGACGGUGGGAUGGAGACCUGGGCCAGGCAUCCCGACCAUGGGGGUCGGAAAGCUAUUUUUGGGCUGAGCCCCCCCAGCGAAGCGUUCCAGGGGGGGGCGAAGCCCCCCAGGAACACCCCUGUCCGUACACAUAGAGGCGUGUUGGAAAGGCGUCGCGUACGUGUGUGUAGAGGGGGCGGCCGUGCUGUUUUUGCUACUAUCCACUCUCCGCAGCACCGGCGGGUUGUGUGCAUGCAUGUGCUAGGGACGCUAGAUGCAGCACGUGGGAGUGUGACAGGCCGUCAUGGGAAGGCGCGGCGUGCGUAUGCGUAGAGGGGGCGGGCGUUCUGUCACUGCUACUAUGCCGGUAAAAGCACCGGGGAAUAGAGAGAGGAGGUGUUAAGAGCUCGCACCGAAUGUACGGUGCCCAUACAUGCAGAGCCGCAUGUCCGCCUAGACACGGCUCAGGGAGAGCAGUGCUCGUAUCUUGUAGAUGUCCUCAGGCAC